UCUUGGAGAACAUCACAAUCUCAGGCUCGCCUAUUCUAUUGCCAUUUUAUUUGAUUAUUGUCAUCUUGACUCACCAGAUGCAAUUAGCUGUACUGCUAGUUAUUAUCAAAGGAAUCGUUAUCACAUUGGUAGCGUAAUUGUAUCCGAUGAAGCACAUACACGUGAGGGAAACUGACAAUUGAUCGAACCAUAGGCGCGCACCUCUCCAACUUCCAGAGAAACCAACCCGUGAACAAUGAGCAACAGCAUGCGUUACUUGUGCGACAAGGGUGAAUGGGGUCGAUAAAACAAAUAAUAUUUUGAGAAACGACAAACAGUGCAGGGAAAUAAGAUAACGUUGAGUGUUUGUGAAGCCUGUAAGAACUAUGAGUGGAGAGGUGACGAGAAGGAUUCGAAAAAAACAUGGAUUAAAAAACUUCAAGCCGAGAUGGAGUGGGCAACCUCAAGGCGCUGCCAAUGGGAAAGAGGAAGACGCCCUGUCAUGUGACCUCAGCACUGUCCAGCCCAGCGAGGAUGAGGAGGUUGAGAGAGGUGCCCUGAAGAGGCUCAGCACCAUGUGGUCUUCAUUCCGGGGCAAAUUCAACCGAGAUCGGGUGAUGAAGGAGCCAUGCUUUCAGGAGUCUAUGGAGCCAACUCCUGUGGACACCACAGCCAGGGAGCAGCGCUACAUGAGCGGGCAGUACUUCUUUGAGUACCUGGUGGUGGUCAGCCUCAAGAAGUCUAAAGAGGGUGCCUACGAGCCGCAGAUCACCUACCAGUUCCCCAAGAGGGAUGGGAUGGUGAGAUUCCAAAGAGAGGAGGAGGAAAAGACCCUGAAGGCCAUCACACUCUUCUGUUUCCCUGAGGGGAUCAACUGGGCCCCCCUAACAGAGUACCACAGUGAGACAUUCUCCUUUGUCUUGACUGAGAUCGAUGGCAGCAGAAGGAACGGAUACUGCAGAAGGCUACUACCCCACGGCAAUGGAGCGCGCCCACCCGAGGCCUUCUGCAUCAUUAGCAGGCUGGCUUGUUUCGGACUCUUCUCCAAGAUCUUUGACGAGGUGGAGAAGCGACACCAGAUCUCAAUGGCAAUGAUUUACCCAUUCAUGCAGAGCCUGAGGGAGGCCGCGUUCCCUGCCCCAGGCAACACUGUCAAGAUCAAGAGCUUCAUCCCCGACAAGGGCACCGAGAUCAUCAGUCUGACGCGGCCGUUGGACUCGUGGCUGGAGCACGUGGACUUCCGCACGCUCUUCCGUUGCUUGACCGACGAGGAGGUGGUGCUGGUGUUCGCUGCCGCCGUUAUGGAGCGACGCAUCGUCUUCAUAGCCGUGGAGCUCAGCACCCUGUCCCAGGUGAUCCACGCUGUGGCCGCCCUCCUCUAUCCAUUCACCUGGCAACACACCUUCAUCUCCAUAGUUCCUGAGAUCCUCAUCGACGUCGUCAUGGCGCCCACCCCCUACCUGCUGGGAGUGCAGAAGCGGCUAAUGGAACAGGUCACGGACCAGACCGACCUGCUUGUGGUGGACUUGUCAGAGGAUAAGAAGGACACUUUCCUAGUUCAAAGUGGGGAUGAGAAGUCUAUUCUGCCCCCUAAGCUUCAAGAUGAAAUACUGCAGGCACUAAGAAACAGGAAAGAAAAAGCCACCGUGGAAGAGCUGAACAGGGUGGUCUCGGAAGCCUUCCUGCCCUUCUUCGUGAAGACUGUUGGCCAUUUUGCUUCGUACGUGACGCGAAACAGCAGUGGCCAGCCGGGGGAGUUUCAGAGCAGAGCCUUCUACAAGGCCAUCGAGUCCAAGACCACACGGCACUUUGUCAAGAAGUUCCUCCAGACCCAGAUGUUUGACCUGUUUAUCCAGGAGGUGGAGCAGCAGCAGCCAGCAAGCACCCAGCAAGGAAUUUUCCACAAAAAGAUUCUUGAAUACCAGGAAAAGACGAAAAAAGAGAAGGCAAAGAAGAGACACUAAGUAUCUUGUGAAUACACUGUAAACGAGGCCAUGAUAUUACGUUUACAUUCUAGUCAUUUAGCAGACGCUCUUAUCCAGAGCGACUUAGUUAGUGCAUUCAUCUUAAGAUAGCUAGGUGGGAUAACCACGUAUCUCAAUCAUAGUAGCCACCAGCAAAGUCAAUGGUAGUAUGGGGGGAGCUUUGACUGGGCUAAGCGGGAGCUGCCCUCCUGUACAGAUGGGAGGGCCAAGAGACCAGAGGUAGUAGAACGGA